AUGGGGCUCUGGUUGUUCUUCCUGCUUCUGCUGCAGCAACAGCUGCUCUCCGGAGCCCGAGGGGAUGUGCUGCCUGCAGUGUGUGGCCAUUCUGGGGAUGCCGGGAGGAUCGUGGGUGGCCAGAAUGCCCAGGUGGGACAGUGGCCAUGGCAAGUCAGCCUGAGGUUGAUGUCGGAGGGACACAUAUGUGGGGGCUCCCUUGUCCACCCACGCUGGGUGCUCACCGCUGCCCAUUGCUUAUUCAGAUCUCCGGAGUCACAGCUCUAUAGUGUGAAGGUUGGAGGGCUGACCCUGUCCCUUUUGGAACCUAACUCGGCCUCUAUGUCUGUGAAGAGGCUUGUUGUCCACCCCUUGUACAACCCUGGGCAGCAGGGGUCCAGUGGGGACAUUGCCCUGCUGCAGCUGGAUGCCACGGUGAAGCCCUCCCAGGCCACCCCUGUCUGCCUCCCAGCGCCCCACAGCUCCUUCCCCACCGGAAUCCGGUGCUGGGUCACUGGCUGGGGCUCCACCCAGGAGCGAGUGCUGGCGGCCACCCUGCAGCAGGUGGCUGUGCCACUCCUGGACUCGGAGGAGUGCGAGCGGCUGUACCAGCAAAGGGAGCGCCAGCGGUUCAUCCAGGACGACAUGCUCUGCGCGGGCUUCCGGGAGGGCAAGAAGGACUCCUGCCAGGGUGACUCCGGGGGACCGCUCGUCUGUUUGCACAACCACACGUGGCUGCAGGCCGGCAUCGUGAGCUGGGGAGAGGGCUGCGCUCGGCCCAACAGGCCCGGAGUCUAUACUCGAAUGACCGCCUACACCGACUGGGUCAUCAGAACCCUGAACUCCUCCACGGACACGGAUUCGACCAGCGCCCCCGCGUCCCACCUGGCCCUGCUGCUGGUGCCCUUGACCUUGCCCCUGCUGGGUGCCUUGUGA